CACCUUCCGACUUAGUUCAGUGUUACGUGCAAAGCGCAUGCGCGCGAUCGUGUUCUAAAUUCAACUCAUAAUUAAAAUUAAUUUUUAUAUGGCAGUUGCGAACCGACCGUGUGGUGAUUUCCAUUGUGACAGAAGUAAAUCAUGCAUGAGAAGGACUUCUAAAUCUCACUGGACUUUAAAAUCAACAUGCGACUUCAUAAAAACACAGCUAUGCACCAUAGCAAUUUCUCUGACGCUGUUCAAUUCAGUUCGCCUUCCGAAAGAAGCGUUUAGACAUGGGACAGUUCCGUACCUGGUGAUCUACUCCUUCUGGCUGCUGGCUGCAGGGUUACCGACGACACUGCUACAACUUGCCAUGGGUCAGCUAAGUCAACAAGAUCCUGUUGGAGUGUGGAGAGCUGUGCCUAUUUUAAGAGGUGUCGGCCAUUUAAAAGUGCUGACGUCAUAUUUAUGCUGUGUUUACUACAUGAUGUAUGUAGCUCUGUCGUUUGCCUACCUCCUGUGGAUAGGCAAGGGGUCUUUCCCUUUAAAGGAUUGCACUAAACUACACAUAACGCCGAAUGGAUAUGAAAAUAAAAUGAACGCAACCGAGUGUUUCAGUUCAACAUUUUUGGCGCCAUUCACAGAGUACCCGCAGUAUCUCGGCAUAAUGGCGGUUUUAAUAUUUCUUCUUUGGUUCUUCAUUCCCGCUCUUUUAUACCGCCUUCACAAAACCCUGAAAACGACACUUGGAACCAUUAGCGUGAUCAUUGUGGCUAUUGCCAUAUUACUCUCUACAUUUCUGGCUAAGACUGCGGUACUUGAUUCAAUGUUCGAAUCGUGCGUGCAAUGGUCUUCGCUGUCACAGCCCUACAUUUGGCACAGUGCUCUAGUGCAAGCUAUAAUGUCUACGCAAAUUGUUAGUGGAUAUCUGACCAGCGCUGGUGGAUCCGUUUACAGACAUUCUGAUGUUCGGUGGACAUCAGCAUUAAUUAUUAUGACAAACAUUUUCGCUGGUUGGCUCUGGGUGCUUCUCUGGGAAUCUAUUGGAGACACUGGCAGAAAAGACACAAGUUUUAUAUCAAUUCUAGUCUUAAUAUACCAAUCUUCUGUCUCCGAGAGAAGAAAUAAGGAAUGGCCUAUACUCGCAUUUGGAGUUGUUUUCUUCUCUGGUAUUAUUAGUGUGUUAAUACUCCUAUAUCCAGUAUACGAUAAGCUCCACCGAGUGACUGGAGAUCACUGGAGGGUCUUUGCUUGUGCCACAUCAGCUGUUGGUACUGCUCUUACAGUAGCAGUUCUAGCUCGAGGGUUGGAAAUAGCCACCAUGUUAGAUGAACUGAUUAUACCAGUUCUGGCUGUCUUCACUUCUGCCGUUGAAGUGGUUGGCUUUGUAUUUAUCUAUGGCUGGUGUUAUCUCACAGUUGACAUAGAAUUCCUAACAGGUUCGAAGCUUCCUAACUUCUGGAUAGCCACGUGGUGGCUUACUCCAGUUCUCAUAAUUGGAGUCACUGGCUGGUGGCUUCGAGCAUUGCUACGAAUUUCCUGGGGCAAUGGAAACACCCUUUGGCCUUUGUUAGCAGUAUUUUUGUUGAUAUUAAUUGUCAUGGUGAUAUUGGCUGCUAGGGCUGUAGCCAAAGAGGAACAAUUUAAUUUAUUUUCGAAAUUAGUAUCAGCAUUCCGCCCAUCCAGACUAUGGGGUCCCGAAGAACCCAUGGCGAGGUACGUGUGGAUGUCUCAACGAUACGUUCACGAAACUGUAAGCAUAGACAACGAUACUAACUCCGAACCGAACCACUACGCAAACGUCAUGUACAGUAAAAAUAAAUAUGAAGAAGAACUAUACAAAAACGAAAUAUACCCAAGGACCUACAGUAAUAUAUACCACCCAAAUGAUGAUUAUAAAACUGAUUACUUAUACGAUGGAGGCAUAAAAUCGAUCUACAGUAUCAACACAAUACCGAGAGGAAAGAAAAAGAGUAUAGAUGAAAAUUACCGAUCGCCAAAUAUAUGCAUUGCCAAAGGUAGAUUAGGAGGACCUACUGAAUGCAGCUGCAAUAGACAUUUCACAUUGAACGUGCCUAAUUUAAGAAGUAAUGAAGUAACAACCAGUCUUUGAAUACGUACAACGAAAUGUAACCUAGUCGAAUUAUUUAUUUAAAUUUAUGUGAACACUUGAACAAAUAUUUGUAUGAGUAGCUUGUGAUGGCAACAGAUGUGACUAACACUAGAGUGAUGUUAUUAUAAUAAACGAAAACUUUUUAAAUGUUGUGUUGGUUUUUAAAUU